AUGCCGACUCGCAAAAUGGCUCCCCAGCUGCAAGUCCCAACGUUUCCAACAUUCCCGCUCUCAUCACCCAUCAUCGAAGAAAUCUCCAGUCCCUCGUGCUCCUCUGCAGAGGACAAAGAACUGGAACGAACUCGGCCAUUUGAUUUCCUGGUCAAGGCCACCAAGCACCGAGUCGAGACAAAAGCCCGCAGAGAUGGCAGCAACAAUCGAGGCUCGCCCAAUCUUUUGUCGCAGCGAGAUCCAUUCGAGUCUCCAAAACGGCACAGUAUCCGGAGCAUCACAAAGAGUAAGAAGGUGACUGCAAAACCUGUAGGAUUGAAUCUGGUGACAGAUUUUUCUCUGGCUACACCACAGCUAAAAACGCACAAGCUGGAUGAGGAGUGUGCGCCAUUUGUGGAUUUGAAUGAUCUCAAGGCACUGGCUCACCAUCGUGCCAGGCAACGGUCCGAUCGAUUUCUCCAGUCUAUGGAGAGUGAGCCAAGGAGCAGAAAUAGCUCGGUGGGAACUUCAAGUUUACCGAAUCUAUCGAACACUUCGAGGAAACGAACUUCCUUUCAUCCCCCCCCGGAAAUUCUGCGGUUACAAGAUGGCAGGAAGCAGAAUCGAAACCCGUUCUUACAUACCGACAUGGAGGACCCCGUGGGAGACAGAUUCGACUACGGGCUAUCACCUUCGGAUCGACAUGUUAUGAUUGGGCUUUCAGUGCCUCGAAAUGAAUCCGCACAGCACUCAAGGGAGUUGGACAGCGCAGGAGUGCCCAUGACCCCGACGAUCAUUGUGACGCCUGCCCGGGAAGGCGCCCCAUGGUCGUCAUCCAGUCCGGAAUACCUUCGUCCGCGCGCAACAUCCAGCAUUUAUUCACAACCCACGCCUCAGCUAUGGCAGAGUGGCCCUGACGUUCCACCUGUUCCGGCUAUCCCCCUCGAGCAUUCCCUCUCAACUCAAAAGGGCACAUCGGCGGAGCUUCUUAACGCCCAUCUCGCUGCGAUGGCUCGACCCCGUCGGUCCAUGUCGGUAGAGACCGUCAUCGAAGAUGACCUGUCGCACCAGCGGGAAGCGUCAUUGAUCUACUCGGACUUUGAUGACGAUGCCCCGUUGAAUAGUAGACUUAGGGUGGAUACGCAAAGCUUGAGGCCAGAAUCUCAGGGUUGGUGGACGUACUUACUUUCACCACUGCUAGGGAAGAAAUCCCCUCUGAGUCCGUCAUUUCCGCACCUGAAAGGUCCAUUUCCAGAUACCGCUGGUCGACAAGAGGCUCGUUCUGAUCCGGAAAAGGAGAUUUCUUGUUUUUCCCCCGAGACGCCAGAAUCAGCCAUCCCGGUGCAAUGGCAGGAUAGCGGACAGGCUCCUCUUGACCAGUGCCGUUCCGUGGAGAAUCAUGAUGGGGUGGACGUGUCCUUGUCUUCUUGGAAGCGGCAGACGGCCGCUUCCAUGAUCAAAACGCCAUACUUUGAAUGUUUUGGCCACAUCUGCUCCCUCACACCUGAACACGUUGUCGCGGCAAUCUAUGCGGCUCAGCUCGAAGCUGAUGAGGGAGAAACUCGUGAUCGAGGACUGAUCUUUGCAGAGGCCGGGCUACAGCAGAACGGGCAAAAAGAGGGUCGCCUUCUCAGUGGAAACCGAGGACUUUUGAUUGAUGUGGACUCUCCCACGAUAACAAAUGAGGACGAGAAGAGUGUGAAACAGGCUGGCUCGCCCUCAUCGGUGAGCUCUGUUGAUUCGUGGGCUGCCAGUAUCAGCGACAACGAUAGCGACGUGGUUGGAAACGAGAAAUCGACAUCUCCAACGCCGCAGAUCAAAGGAGUAGAGACAGCCCCCAAAACCCCCUUGGAACAGGAAACAUCACCACCUCAAGUCAUUGUGCCGGCUUGCGAACCACCUCCAGCUCCAGUUCCAGCUCCGGUCCCCACGCCACCUCAAGCUCCAGCGCCAGCGCCAGUGACACCUCCGGUUGUGUCAGAGCCGCCAGUACCUGUACAAGCUCCAGCUCCUCAAUUCACCAAUACCAUUUCGCCUCCAUCGAAUAACAUUCACUUUACGCAGCAACCGAUCCCCGCAGCUCCGGCGCCUGUGAUUAUCGAAAGGAACAAUCCUUACUACGGAGCCUUUUACCCCACGACAACUCAACCGGCGCCGUCAGAUCCUGUGUCCGCGCCUGCACCGCAAGAAAAUUCACGAAGCGUGGAGAAUGCCUCGGAAGACGUUGUUCAGGAGGAGGCACCAACGAAAGAGCAACCCACGAGACCGGUGCCGAAUCUUUGGACAACGACGCGCUCGGCAACUCCGGGGCAGCAGCAGACUGAUCACGUUCCAGUACCAGUAGCCAGCGCGAAUGAGCCAAUAUCGCCCGCUUUUCAGCGUGCAGCAGGAGGACCAGGGGCAAUACCCAUGAGCUCAAUGAACGAAGAUGUUGCCGCACCGGCUCCCACCUACAGUCAAUUUCCGCGGGAUGAUGCCUUGCCCCCGCGAUACAUGAAUCAUUCAGCACCCGGCGCAGCGAUCAUGAACCCCACAGGUGAAAGAGGCCCCGGCGAAGCACAAAGACAGAGACUCGAGCGGGAAGAUGCAAUUGGUCGGAAGAUUGGUGGAUUCUGGCGCGGACGAGGCUGUUUCAGCAAAAAGGGUUGCUUUGGCCGUCCGGGUCGUGAGGGUCGCACGAGGCGUCGAUGGUACCUGUUCAUCUGCAUAUUCUUCCUCCUCAUCAUCGUCCUGGCUAUUGUACUAGCAACAACAUUGACCCGAAAAGACGACACAGCCCCGGUUCAAUCUCAGUGGCUCAAUCUCACGGGUUACCCGCCCAUGCCGACAGGCAUCUCGACCAUUGCCGGGGCAGAGCCACGGAUCGAGCAGCCUGGCUGUAUCAAACCCUCUUCCCUGUGGAGCUGCGCAUUGCCUCAAGGUCAACAAGAGGACAAUAAACCGUAUGCACCGAAUGAGCCUAAUUUCAGACUGGAGAUACGAUUUCGAAAUGGCACGUACACUAAUAGCACGGCCACAACGACAUCAUCGAAGCGCCAGAUUCGGCGACGAGAUGCGAAUUCGUGGGCUCCGUCACCUUCGUCACCGAGCACAGCUGACCAGAUCUUUCUGGGCAACACAACCGAUGGAAACUCUGUACCUUAUGAGGGUGAAACGACACCAUUCUACAUUACUCUUCUGUCGCCCCUCCAAAUCACGCCCGACACCCUCUUCCGCCGUUCAUCCCCUUCUGCCUCCUCCUCCUCCUCCUCCUCCUCCUCCUCCUCCAACGAUACAACACUCUUCCCCAACCUCACAACCAUCUUCCCAGCUCCAGCUGUAAACCCAGACGGCACCGCUGCCCCAGCAGUACUCUAUCCUCUGCCAGAAUCCCAGCCCAUCCGGCUCUACAAUCGCGGCCAAGAUACCGAGCAUUACGGCUUCUACACAUACUUUGACAAAUCAAUAUUCCUCGCCUCUCGAGCUCCUCUCAACGGCAGCGCCGUCGACUCAUCCCCGCUCGACAAGGAUGGCGGAUCUACCGAAUCGGACUCCGUCGUCAGGUGUACAUGGUCACAGACCCGAUUCCUCGUCCAAAUCUGGACUCGACCUUCCAGCCUAAGAUAUACUCUGCUCCCUUCAUCAUCAAAUACUACCUCGACGAAUACAUCUACAUUCGCACCAUCCUCGUCACCACCACCACCUUUUUCCCCGUCGUCGUCGUCGUUGUCUUCCUCCGCCACAAACUUUACUCGCCCCGGCUCGUUCCCAUAUCCAGUUACCAUCACGAUAGAUCGACACGGCGGCGCACAGAAGAAAAAACUCGUCUACUGCUACGCUGUCGAGAGCGAUCAGCAUUACAACAUUACAGAUCGCAAGUUACAGCUUGAAGAUCGGGGAUUUGCGGGGAAAUUGACCAACCCUGCAUCGGGAAUUUUUGACAAUCUCGGUGGGGAUGGGGAUUCAACCUCCAGCUCUGGCUCGAAUCCAAAUUCAAAUGAUGACUUUGGCGGCGUUGAUGGCGGGACCGGGGGAUGUGCAUGUCAAUGGACGAAUUGGGUUACCAAGACUUGA